AUGCACAAUCGUGAAGUUCCUGGAAAUAUAAGUAUGUUUGUAUCUGUAUUAACAAUGGGUUUUUGGCCAACAUAUCCAACAGUUAGUGCUAUUCUACCAGCUGAACUUUGUCAAUUACAAGAAAUAUUUACAAAAUUUUAUUUAAGUAAACAUACAGGAAGAAAACUUCAAUGGCAAUAUUCAUUAGAUCAUUGUUUAUUAAAAGGAUGGUUAAAAGAAAAGACAAUCAAAGAAUUUCAAGUAUCACUUUAUCAAGCACUUGUUCUUCUUCUUUUUAAUCAACAUAUUGAUCUUAGUUAUAAAGAUAUUCAAGAACAAACGAAAAUUCAAGAAGCAGAAUUACAACGAACUUUACAAUCAUUAGCUUGUGGAAAAAUUCGUUUAUUAAAUAAAAAACCAUUAAGUAAAGAUAUUAAUAUAAGUGAUCGAUUUACAUUAAAUACAUCAUUUGAUCAUAAAUUAAUUCGUAUAAAAAUAAAUCAAGUACAAUUAAAAGAAACACCUGAAGAAAAUACUUCAACAACAGAACGUGUUGUGCAAGAUCGUCAUUAUCAAAUUGAUGCAGCUGUUGUACGAAUAAUGAAAACACGUAAAACACUUGGACAUGCUCAAUUAAUAUCUGAAGUUUUUGCUCAAUUAAAAUUUCCAAUAUCUACAGCAAUUGUUAAAACACGUAUUGAAAGUUUACUCGAACGUGAAUAUAUGAAACGAUCAACGGAUAAUGCUAAUAUAUAUGAAUAUGUUGCUUAA